AUGCAAAUAUCAAAGCACUGCAUCGAGUCAUGUGAGCUGCAGCAGUACGACAAGGUACAAGAGUAUAUGCUGAAGGCACUGGCUCUGAGCCCAUCUCAGCCCGAUGGCACAGUCACUGGAGAACUUGAGCUCGAUCAGGCUCGAUUACAUCAAACACAGACCGGAGACUACGACUUUGAUGCAAAAGGGCUUCCCCGGCACCCUAAUGCUGGGCAGCAUGGCGCGGUCGGAGACGCUAUCAAGCGAAUUUGCAAGUUCGUCGAGGCUAAAGACAAAGAAGGGUCUAUCAUCCGCCCCCUGAUUGCCGGCUCUUCAAAAGCGGCAUCCUGGUCCUCAGACGAAGAUGAAGAGAUGCAUGACUCUGACACUGACGCCGACGGUCAGACUGACGAAGGAAUGUUUGACGCCCCUGAGAGCGGUGGCAGCAGCCGAGACCGGAGGGAAGGGAAAGGCUACUGCGUGAAGUAA